AAAUCAAUUCACAGAGAGAAAGACUUCAGGCUGAAAUUCAAACACAAUUAUUGACUCUACUUUGGCAUAAAAAUCAUUGAAUUGUGAAGAGAGAAAUUUUAUUCUGAAGGACGACAACAAACUCCUGAGAAGAAAGUAUAUUUAAUAGAAAGAGAUAAUUCUAUAUUCAUAAAAUGGAGAAGAUUAAUGAAGAAAACAAAAUGAUGGCUCUCAUUCAUGCCACAGUCUGUGAUACAACAGCAAUUUAUCAGAAAACUACACAAAUUCUUCCCCAAAUAAGACAUACACAAAACCCAAGGAAAACUGAAGAACAAGAAAUAUCUAUAUUACCAAUUUUCCUUCAUAUUGCAACGUGUUAUCUAACAAUAAUAAAAACAGACCACAUCAGUACGUUUAUAGAUUAUGUAAAGGAUAAAUGCAAUCACUUUGAGUCUAUGGGUUUAGAUGGAUCUAGUAUUUUGCAUAAUAUCAAAUGUAAAAUGCUAAUAUUUCAUCAAUUUACAAAACAACAUAACGAUUUUGUUCACCAAAAUCUUGAUUGGUUUCAACAAAGACUUUUUGAUAUUUAUGUCACCUGUAACCCAUACAACUACAAGACCAUUGAACCACCAAACAUAACAAACAAAUUUCGACCUCUUUGUCCAGUUGUGACCAGAGAAACAAACAUUGAUGAAUCUGGCGAUGAAUUUGUCAACUACACGAUAUCCAAUAUUGUUGUCAUACAAGGGGGAAUAAUAACAUAUUCCCACCAUUGUAUGACAAUAUUUUGUAUGACAAGAGAUGGUGACAGAAAUGAUGUUCAUUGCCCUUCUCCUGUUACUGAUUUUACCAGGAUUGCCCUAGACACAGUGUUAGCAACCCUCCCUUUUAGACGCAUAAUACUUAUUAUCAACCCCUUCAGUUUUAAGACACAAAGACUCCCAAUAGCAUUGUAUAAGGUAUCUUACUUAGAGCAUUUUUCACUUGUAGGAGUGGAAAUGUUCAGUAGAACAAUAUACUUUGUAGACUGGCUUCAUAAUAGAAUUACAAAGCAAUUCAUUACCAAAGAAAUACCUGCAGCUAUUGCUGUAGGCCAAAGGGCUAAGUUAUUAAUAUCAUUUUCCAAUAGUAACAUAGUUACCUGUUAUGAACUGGAUGGCCAUCAGUUAUUUGAGGUAGAGAUCCAUUCUCUGGAUUUAGCAGCUGAAAUCACUUUCUCCCAAAAACAUUUCUAUGUCCUCCAGGGACAUAUUAUCUAUAGAAUUUCAGCUACAGGUGGUGUGAUACAGAGUGACAUUGGCAGGAACUGCCGUUCUAUUUCUGUUGGUACAGAUGCCAUUUUGGUAACAGAUUAUUUUGGCAAACCACAUGCCAUUGAAACAAAUAAAGACUUUUGGCCCAAACUGUCAUGCAACCACCAGCUACCUACCCCCAGUUUGAAAGACUAUAUUUAUAUUCAGGAUAGCAACAACAUUACAAAUAUUCUACCCAUGUCUACAUCUUCUAUAUUAAUCAUCUACAGGAAUAAGAAAACUAUAUUAUUCACUGAGACUGGGGAAAUAAUUAGCCAAAAUGAUUUAACUUUCCUUGAGCUUCCUUCUUUCUAUUGUAGAAUAAACACAAACAAAUUCCUGGUAUUUUAUCCUGAAAUGAACAGACUUCAGUAUAUCACCUGUCCUGAAUUAACCGAAGGCCCUUUAAUAAAGGUCCACACUAAUUACACUAAAAUAUGUCAUAUUGUAUCAAAUAAGUGUUUAGCUGUGACCACCACUGAAAACAAAAAUGAGAUCCAUAUCCUAUUGAUCAACGAAGAUAAAGUUGACAUUAUUGAAAGAAUUUCUCUGGGACAUUCUAAUGUCACCAUUGCUGCAACUCCAAUUAAUUUUGUAGUCGUAGAUGGAAGCAAACAUAAACUAGUAUUUUAUUCCACAUGUGGUGAAGAACUUUUUCAAAAAUACCUUCCAUUCUAUGGCUACCCCCAUCACAUCUACUCUGAUAAUGUUUAUUUUUAUCUUCUGUUCAAGAGAGACUCUAUUCUGAUAUGUUAUGAUAUAUAUGGAGAAAUGAAAUGGCAGUGGCAACUGCCUUUCCCUGUUCACCCUCACAUUGCUGUUUUCCAAGGGACUGUUUAUCUACCGGACACUCAACUCAACAGGGUCCUUCUUUACAAGUAUCAGGACCGGUCGUCUGGCUGUUGUUUACACCUGAAAAAUCCUUAUAUCAGAAAUCUAAAUCUACGACUCAAAGAAAAGGAGAAUGACAAAAAACUUGUCAUUGGCGAAAUAUGUAAUCUGGAUAAUGGACAGUUGGUGGUGUCCGACAUCAACCAUGAUUGCUUGUUAUACAUUUCUAAUGAAGGAGACAUUGUGUCGAGAUUAUCUCUGCCGUCUCCAGCUACGGAUAUAUGUCGAUGGGAUUCUCAUCAAAUAGGUGUCACAUUACCCCUACAGAAACAAUUAAGGGUCAUUGGAAACCUAUCAAAGACAGUGAGAAGCGUAUCAUUAAGGCAGCCUUAUGUACGGGUGUGUAAGAUGGGUGAAGGUGAAAUUGUUUGUUAUUGUGAUAAACCAUCACAUUUAGAUAUUUUAGCCAUCAAUUAUCAUAAUCAAGUUGCAAUAAUUCAUAGAAUUAAUAUCCCUUUUGUAGUGAAAUCAUUAUUUAUAGACAAGAAAACACAAAAGCUAUUAAUUGUUACUAGGGGAAAAGCAUUUCAGUACAAUACUAGAAUAGAUAUUGGUCGUCGUCUUCAUAGUAUUGAGAUACCUUUCAAAGUUUCAGUGUCCCAAACAGAAUCUUGCUUAGUGCACCUUGGUCAUCAACGUCGUUAUUGUAUUAAGAUGGUCCCCAGUGUUUUACUGUCCCAGGUGAAAUGUCCCUCUAAUCUCAAUGGUGGAUCUAUUGAUGAAAUGUUUGUUUAUCUGAUAGACAACUGUCGUAUGUUUGCUAUAAACAAUCAUAAUUUGUGGGUUAAUGAUCUCGUUACAAAUAAUCAACUUAAUAUUUAUAUCGACCUGGUAGAUGUAUUUUCCAGAAACAUUUGCGUCAGUGAAAUGUUGUCUUCUACAUUAUACCUACAGAAUCUGACAGUUUCUGAUAAAGGCAGACAUAUUCGUCUUCCGGGAGAGACUCUGUUAGUGCUGACUUGCUGUUUAGUUAUUACUGAAAAUAACGUGAUUGUGGUUGGCGAUGGGAUGAAUAGAAACAUCAAAAUAUUCACAUUUGAUGGUGAACUUCUGGACUCUAUCAAAUUUAAUGCUUUUCCCUUAAUGAUGAUGUUUCGAUGGCAAUCAGACACAAUAGUUAUUACAACUUUGGGUCCUCAUGUUAAGAAAUACCAACUGUGGACAUUAAAAUUGGAAUUUCCAUUGUCGUUGGUAAUUUACCAUACGAAAAAUAAAUAUAAAUAUAUCGCUUCUCUAUCAAACAGUCAACUGGUAUGUAGUAGAUGGGUAGACGAUCGUAGUUUGUAUUUCAUUGAUAUUGAUGAAAUACAUUCGACGGUGAAUGCAAUAAGAAGAAUAAACAUACCUAAUACCUUAUUAUCAAGAUACAAAGAAAAUGGUAGAAUUUAUAUGAAUGACAUCCAGGAUAUUGCAGUUACUGCUGAUGAUGACAUCAUUGUCUUAAACAAAAGAUUUAUCAUUUUCUUCAACAGUGAUGGUCAAUGUUUACAUUCAGUUAGACACUACAUGGGGUACUAUGAGGAUUAUUUUAACAUGAUGACAAUUGAUGAAAGUUACUUGUACAUCUAUGGUGAGUGGGAGAAAUAUUUUGGUUUAACUGAAUAUGAUAAGAUUGUGUGUUUGACACAAACUGGGGAAUACAGCAGAAUAUUUUUAAAUAAAAGAAUUUAUAAAGAAGUAGUGGAUUUCUCCAGUAUAAAUUGUAAAGGAUCAAGGUUUGUUGGGGCCCAUAAGAUGAGAUUUAAUGAAUUGUAUGUUGAAGGUUCAUUUAUGCUGAAUCGGGAGAAAUUCUCUGUUUGUCGUUUACAAACAGACAACUGCACUGUUCAAGUAAAAGAUAUUGACAUCUCUGAUGAAGGAAAGACAGUUGUGUGUGAAAAAGCCAAUAAUGGAAAUAUUAAAAUAUUUGAAGAAGACGGGAAGUUGCUAUGUUAUAGAAACGUUGCAAGUUUAGUUGGUGGUGUGUGUUUUACAAGAGAAAGAGACAUAAUGGCCACAGUUCCUAACAGACAAGAAAUAUUUCAACUGAAUGGAAAAGAUUUGGAGAAAUGCAAAGUUUGGGAAUGUCAAGUACCUUAUGGUGUGAUAUGGAGAAAAGUGAGAAAUAUUUACUGGUGUGUACAUAUUAACUUGAUCGAAUGUCAUUGCAUAAAGCUUGAUGGUGAUCAAGUGAACAUUUUGGAAUCUUUGACACUAUUAAACCUUGAUUCUGGUCUGCAUUUCCCUUCCAUUAUAAAUCAGAUGAACAAGGAAAUAUUCAGCAAUGAAUUAGUUAAUAAACUGAAAUACAAUGGAGAAGAAAGAAGUAAACCAGGUGAAAUAAUUGGUAAAGGUGGAUUAAAGGUGAGAUGUUGGAAUUAUAUUGCAGAUAGUAUGUCAGGAAUUGAUGAAAUAUCAGUGAGGAGAAUGCCACAUAGAACAGCAAUGGUCCCUCUUUCCAUUCCUACCUUCUAUGAACCUGUUAAUUAUGAUUAUCUUAACAUUAGUGACCAAAACAGCAAACUAAUUAAGUUGAAUGAUAACGUCAGCGUGUUAAUGUUUCGAGAAAGUGUUACAUUAAUUGGCACAAUAACAGGUGACAUACUUCAGCAUAAGCAAUUUCCUAAACAACAACAACCACUAGGUAUUUGUCAGUGGACAGAUGAAUGUUUCAUAGUUACCUUUGGUAAAGAAAUGAUGGCUUUCAACAGAGAUCUCUAUUGUUUAAAAGCCAUCAAAACUGAGAAAUAUUACAACACAAUUUAUAAAUACAACGACAAUCAACUCGUUUGUGGUGGUCAUUAUAUGAGAGACAUAACUCAAGAUGAGAGAGACAAGAACUACACAAGAAAAAACUACAACAACAACAUUUAUUACUUUUGCAAAGACCCCGAUGCCUACGACUGUUAUUAUGUGGAUGUGGUUGAUAUGAAAGAUGGUAAAUGUAAAGAUGAAGUGUGUCGUGGAAAGACGAAGAUAUUUAGAAAACUAGAGGGAGAAGCGUUGGUGGUUGAUGUAGGAGUCACAUCUCUUGGUGAUGUUGUUGUUGUGAGGUGGGAAGAGACUAUGGAUAAUUGGUGUUAUGCCACUUUUGUCGAAUGGUUCAGGAAAAAGUCAUUGGUCAGGAGGAUAAGGCUAAAAGGAAACCAUCUGGGACAAGAAUAUAACAUUGACAAAGCUCAUCUAAUUGCAAUUAGUGAAUAUGUUUAUAUAACAGAUAGAAAAAACAAUAUUUACCAAAUACCUGGACAUAUUGAAUUGCAAACCACUGAAGAUAUUGAAAUCCUGACAUCUGAAGAUAAUCAAAAAUAUUUACUCCUCAGGUGUGACGAUAAUGAAGUUUACGAAGUUCUUGGUUUUAAUAUUUCAGAAAAUUCUUUCAUGGUUUUUGGAAUUAUUCCAGGACGUCAAUCUUUUGCUUUCUUUCAUUAUGACAAAUAAAUGUUUCCAUAAAUAUUAAA